CUGCCCUGCACUGGGUUCACUGAGGAAAGUCAUUUGUGACGUUUGUUGUUGAAUCAAGGAGUGAGAGUGAACCUGAAGGCUGAAGCUAGUCAGUUAGUUGUUUCUCAGCUUGCAACAUUUCAUCGAACAGCCGUAGAAAUGGCGGUGUCAGAUCAGGAUGUCGAGAAACAGAUCCGCCACAUGAUGGCGUUUAUUGAGCAGGAGGCCAAAGAAAAAGCAGAGGAAAUCGAUGCCAAGGCUGAGGAGGAAUUCAACAUUGAGAAAGGCCGUUUGGUGCAGAACGAGAAGUUGAAGGUGAUGGGAUUCUAUGAGAAGAAGGAGAAAGCCCUGGAACUUCAAAAGAAAAUCCAAAGGUCUAACCUGCUGAACCAAUCUCGUCUCCAAGUUCUUAAAUCUCGUGACGAUCAUGUCAAGGGAUUACUGGAAGAAACCAGACGUAGACUUGCUGAGAUCACAUCAUCUCCUGCAAGGUACGACAAGUUCCUCGAGGAUUGCAUCACUCAGGGUCUGUGCCAGCUGCUGGAGCCAGCAGUUAUUGUGAGGUGUCGACGUGAUGAUGUCGAUAGAGUAAAGAAGGUUAUGAGCAAGUCUCAAUCUGAGUACACCAGGAUUACCAAAGGAAAGAAGUGUACUGUGGCUGUGGAUAGUUCUUUCUUGCCAGCUGAUUCAUCUGGUGGCGUGGAGCUGUACUCCAAGGAUGGCAAGAUUAAAGUUGCCAACACACUGGAGAGUCGAUUGGAGAUGGUCAGCAGCCAGAUGCUGCCGCAGAUCCGCACGGCACUAUUUGGCAAGAACCCCAACCGGAAAUUUGACGAUUAAAUUUGGAUGAAGAAGUUGGCAGGCGGGGAACGACUGUCACUGUGUAGGUAUUUUAUGUGUAUAUUUCUUCUUUUCUGCUAGUGGAAUAUACUUCCUUACAGUGCUUUUAAUCUUUUUUUUUAAUACUUCUAGUGCCAAACUGUUGCCAUAUUCUUUGCCGCGUAAGUUUGGCCUGUUGUAGCUGGCGCCGCUUGACAUUCCAUCAGGCUUGUGUGAUGUGAGCUCAUGAGGAACUGGUGCGAAACGUUUAUGAAUGCACGGAUUAUACUCAUGAUCGUGUAAGCAACAACAGCAGCAGUGUGAAUCGCUGGGCGCAUUCACUGAGUUGUUCAUGGCACAGUGAGAGAGUUGUGUCUGUUGUGCUGAUCCUUCAGUUCAUGUGUAGGCUUUAGUUACAACAUGCUGUCAUUAUUAUUUCUGCUGAUGUGAAAUUAAACCAUGAUAGCUGCUUCUACCGCAUAUGUUUGCCAUUUGUCAUGACUACUACGCUCAUACUGUAUCAUAAUACUUGUUCGCCAUGGAUGAUUUAUCAAAUUUUAGAUACAUUGCCAAAUAUUUCUGAUAUUGUCUUUCCUCAAAUUGUAACCCUAUCGUGAAUCACCCCUUGGCAAGCAUAAAUAAGUGCAGCUCUUUUAGUUA